AUGGAUUGUCAGUUUGACAGUGGGGGCGUGUGGGCAAUCCCCCUGCACCAGCGUCCGGACCUGCUGGAGCCUUGCGCCGACUUGGUGAACAGCGAGUGGCAGCGGAGCCACGGUGCCCGGGUUCACGCCCUCCAGAAAUCCUGCCAGGAGUUCCCCGUAGCCCUGGUGCUGCUGCAGGGCUCUGGGAACAGGGACGGUGGGGAUGGGGAGACACUCCUGGGGCACGUCCGGCUGUCCCGCGUGGUGUCCCGCCCUGGGAGCCUCUUUGUGGAGUCGGUGGUGGUGUCCAAGGCCCAGAGGGGGAAGGGCUACGGUCGUACACUGAUGCAGGAGACGGAGCGCUACUCUAAGGCCCGAGGGUUCCUGAGGCUGUGUCUGACCACCCACGACAAGCAGCACUUCUAUGCCCACCUGGGCUACGUUCUGUCCAUGCCGGUACAGAAUGCUGGUGUCAUGGCCUCCUUCAUGCCCAUGGAGGUGCUGGAGAGGUUCUCCAAGCUCCCAGGGACAGACGACACCCAGGGUGAGUGUCCGGCCCGACUGGUGUUUCAGACUCUUGAGGAGACGCCCUAUAGAGAUGCUAAAGGAGUUCCUAUCUUCUGGAUGCACAAGGACAUCUGA